AAUAUGAAAUAAAUUUAUAACAGAAGAAAACAAAAGAGUAGUGUCAAAGUGCCGUGAAAAAUUUAUAAUAGUAUCAUUUGCUAAAAGCAAGAGUGCGGGCGCGUAUGUAUGAGUUUAGGUUUAAAUUUGUUUGUCGUCGCGAUAUAUGUAUAGGCAUGAGUCGUUUCACGCAAGUAAGUCGUGUUUAUACAUAUUUUCCAUAUCAAUAUCCGCUCUAAAGGAUAAUUUCUUAAGGUAAAAAGCGGAAUUUGAUUCAAACAGUCAAAACAAAGGGAGAAAAAAAUAUGAAAGACUAAUGAAUAAUGGAAUAUGAAGUAAAGGGAGAAAGCAGAAAAAAGUUGACCUUUCAAAAAUCGCCCAAUGUACAAGAGUUGAAUUAAAGAUGAGAGUAUUGUAAAUGACGACUUAAUUUGUAAACUAAGUAACUCAGUUUUCUUUUGUAUUUCUUGCCUUGCUCUAUACAUCAUAAAGCACAUCAAAAAACUGCCUAACAAUAGUUUGUCUACAUUUUCUCACAUAAUUUUUAGAAAUAAAUAAAUAAAAUUUUCAUCAAAAAAAUAUAGAAUAGAUAUAUAAAAUAUAAAAUAUAGAAAAAACUUCCCAUAUAUUUUACUUGUGUUCUCCAUACUUCGUUAAAUAUUAAUAAUGGCGGCCAUAUAUCAUAUUACUCAAGAUUCGGAGAAGGAAAAUCCUCGCAAUAAAGCAAUGAAGGAAAAAUUAGUGACCACGAAUAAGUCACACGUACUACAGCCUUUGGGUGCCAGUGCUCUAGGAGGUCCUUUUAAAGACCAACCCAACAAGCAAGGGCGAGCUAAUUUCUCCUUGCUCAAUAAUAAUCCCAACGCUCGCGUAGUUAUCAGCAAUAGUAACAAUAACGCUGGCGGUGGUGGGAAUACAAUCAUAGCGAAUAACACCAACAAUAAACUGGCCUUCCGUGAGUUGGGUAAUGUUAAAGCAAAGGAUGAAAAUGCCGGAUAUGGCGGUAAUCGUCACACAGCCAAUUUGGCUGUUAAAAAGUCUAUCGUUGAACCAAUGGAACAAUUUAAAACGUUUUCUGUGUAUGAGGAUAAAAGCGAUGCCAUUAUCGAUACGCAUACAACUGCCGUAACGAACAAGCAGCAGCCGCCACAUUAUCCUGCUGCCGCUACAAUAGAACCUAGUCAUGAUGUUGUGGAAAAAGAAAAUUUCUAUGGAGAAAAGCAGCAACAAAAGAAACAACAGCGCGUUUUAGCGGAAAAAAGCGAUUCUUCUUUGGUUCAGAAGUGUGAAGAAAAUGAAUACACGCUGGAUACUACGCCAAUGUCAGUAUCUGAGAUCUUAUCACCUAUGUCCGUAGACCGUUCUGUCAUAAAUUCUCAAUUAUUUACGGACGAUAGUAAUUCUGGAGAGAUUGCUGAUAUAUCUGAGGCAUUAUCUAAUAAGAAAUUACAACUACCUCGUAAUGAUCGUCAACGUUUCUUUGAAGUAGUAGAAUAUCAACGUGAUAUAUUGGAAUAUUUCCGUGAAAGCGAAAAAAAGCAUCGCCCCAAACCUCAUUAUAUGCGCCGCCAAACAGAUAUCAAUUAUUCAAUGCGUGCUAUAUUGGUCGACUGGCUUGUCGAGGUUUCCGAAGAGUACAAUUUAGAUACAGAGACACUGUACUUAUCGGUAUCCUAUAUUGAUCGAUUCCUUAGUCACAUGUCGGUAGUGCGUAACAAGUUGCAAUUGGUUGGAACGGCUGCAAUGUACAUUGCUUCCAAAUAUGAGGAAAUCUAUCCACCGGAUGUAUCGGAAUUUGUUUUCAUUACCGAUGAUACUUACAAUAAGGCACAGGUGUUGCGCAUGGAACAAAUAAUAUUAAAGAUUUUAGCUUUUGAUUUGUGCACACCCACAGCCUAUGUGUUCACGAGCACCUAUUCAGUGCUAAUCGACAUACCGGACAAAGUGAAAUAUUUAACGCUGUAUAUUUGUGAAUUAUCCUUGCUCGAGGCUGAUCCUUAUUUGCGCUUUUAUCCAUCGAUGAUUUCCGCCGCUGCAUUGGCUUUGGCUCGUUUCAUUUGCGAUAUAAACAUUUGGUCAACCGAACUGGAAGAAAUUACUACCUAUCGUUUGGAGGAUUUAAAAGAAGUUUUAUUGUGUCUGUGCAAAUCACAUAACGCUGCCAUCACACUAGCCCAACAAGCCAUACCAGAAAAAUACAAAUCAGAAAAACUCCUUGCGGUGUCGGCGAUUAAACCGGUCGAUAUAAAUGAGCAACAAUACGAUGUUAUCUUGAAAAAUUACAAUGAAAUGUUGGAAAAUGCCAAGCGGAGUAAAGAGCUCAUUUCCACACCGUUAGCAACAGCAACAGUAAUGACAUCAACAGCGUUAACGUCGCCUAAAGUAAAUCUGUUUUUUAAAUUUUAAACUUUUUUUUUUUUAUUUAAUGUAUUUUUAUUACUCAUUUCUUUUGUAUUAUUUUAUUAUAUAAUUUUAUAUUUUAAUUAUUUUUUAUUAACUGAAUAUAACUUAAUUACCUGCAGUUUGGAAUUACAAUACAUAAUAUUAUUAUAUUAAAGACCAUGAUGCUGCUUUUUAUAAAUUGAUUCCAAAACACAAAAGAUAAUAAGUAGCAUAAAAAAACAAAAUAAAAAAAAAAAAAAUUAUUAUAUUUAAGUACACAUUUCCACGACGACGAAAAAAACCAAGAAUAAUUUCAAGAAAAAACAAAAAAAAAAAACUUUUUAUGUGUAAGAAGGAUAUUUAAAUAUUCCCCAAUUUAAGAUUGAUUCGUGGUUCUCUCAUGAAACAUUUUUCAUUGUUUUAGUACGUACUCGUUAAGAUGAAAUGUUAGGUAAAUGUUUGUAAAUUAAUUGAAUUUAUUUUUAUGUACCAUCUAUCUACUAAAUAUUUGUUGGAAAUCAUCUCAGCAGAAACCAUCACCACGGUCAACGUUAACGAGGAGAUCUAAUAAUUAGCUCUAACAAUAAGUGCAUCAGCAAAUGUAUUCGUAAUUUUAAUUUAUAAUCCAAUUCAAAUAUAUUUGUUCCCUUUCGUUGUUCCGAAGAAGAAGAA